AUGUCUCGCUUCUUAGACAGCGUUUCCACCAUCAUCAGCGUCUUUCACAAACAUGCAAAGGAAGAUGGAGACUGCUCCAACUUCAGCCGAAGGAAGAUGAAAGAGUUCAUCCAGAGGGAGUUUGCAGAUGUCAUAGCUAAGCCGCACGACCCUCAGACAAUUGACAAGAUUCUGCAGUUUCUGGAGUGGGAUGGUGAUGGGGAAAUAGAUUUUAAUGAGUUCCUGCUUCUGGUGUUCAGAGUGGCUAAGGCCUGCUACUGGUACCUGCCGAAGGGACCAAGCCUUCUGCAAAGAACAACGCUGACAACCAGUGGCAAGUCACUCCGAGAGCCGGACAUUAAGAACAGAGGGAGCCGUCGGCAGCUCCAGGAGGAGGAACAACAAACCUGUGAGAGUGAUCACCAUCCCCCCUGUGAACCUGAGCUGCAACAAGACACCAGGGUCAACAAGCUUGAAACACUAGAGGGAACAGGGAGUCAUCACCAGCAACGUAACACACAAAGCAGAAACGAUGCAAAGCAAAGCAGCAAGCCGGAGGAGCCAAUCCCUCAGGUACACGAAGAACAAAGCCAAGAGCCAUGCCACCAACGGAACAGCCAGAGAAGACGUCAGCCACCGGAGCCAGACAGACGAGGAGAUGUACAACUCUGCAAGCGUGGCAGCUUGCAAGCACAUGAGCCCGGAGUGCAGGCAGAUGAGAGGCAAAAUCAAGAGGGGCCUCAGCCAGAACAACUGGCAGAUGUGAGGAGUCGCAGCCAGAUCUGUCAACCUCAACCACUGCCAAAGCGGUGCAGUAGCCAUCAGUCACAUGGGCCUACCACUACCGCAGGACUACCAGCAUCUGAUCAAAAAAACCAGCGACCACAAGAAGCAGAGAGAGGAAGUAAUACCCAGCCACAUAAACCUGAAUUAGACCCUGAAGAGAGAAGCCGCUACCACCUAUGUGAGCUAGAAAAAAAAGCACUUGAACAGAGCAGUCACCAGCCGCGUGAGACUGACUGCCUAGACUCAAGACACCCACAUCAGUCAUACAUUCAGGAACCGCUAGAACUUGACCUCAGGUACUACGAGAUCUGUGAGCCAGAAAGAGGUAUUGAUGAACAACGGAAGAAUCAAAAACAUGAGCAUGAAUGUCCAGAAAGUGAGACAGACAUCCAUGAGGGUCAGGAGUGCAAAGAACAAGAUGAUGAAAGGAGGAAAGAGCCCGUGCGGGAGAGGAGGAUCGAUCGCCAGCGGGAGCUGGAGCUGGAGGCCUAUGAGCGCCGCAGCCGCCAGACACGCGAAAGGGAAGAGCGAGGUGCCACGACAAACCAGAGAGAGGCAUGUGAGAGACGGGACUGUCAAACACGCGAGCCCGAAGACGAUGGAAGGAGACAACGUGAGUCAGUGAGGUACGAAAGGACACGAGAGACUGCGGUGGCGGCAGCAGAAGCAGACGUGAAGAUCCACCGUGAGUCCCGGGAACUGGAGCCACGUGAGGACGUGGAAAGGAGGGACCGUCGCCAUGAGUGCGAAGAACCAGAGGAUGAGAGGAGGGUUUGCCGGGGAAGAGAGAGGGAAGAGCCCGUGCGGGAGAGGAGGAUCGAUCGCCAGCGGGAGCUGGAGCUGGAGGCCUAUGAGCGCCGCAGCCGCCAGACACGCGAAAGGGAAGAGCGAGGUGCCACGACAAACCAGAGAGAGGCAUGUGAGAGACGGGACUGUCAAACACGCGAGCCCGAAGACGAUGGAAGGAGACAACGUGAGUCAGUGAGGUACGAAAGGACACGAGAGACUGCGGUGGCGGCAGCAGAAGCAGACGUGAAGAUCCACCGUGAGUCCCGGGAACUGGAGCCACGUGAGGACGUGGAAAGGAGGGACCGUCGCCAUGAGUGUGAAGAACCAGAGGAUGAGAGGAGGGUUUGCCGGGGAAGAGAGAGGGAAGAGCCCGUGCGGGAGAGGAGGAUCGAUCGCCAGCGGGAGCUGGAGCUGGAGGCCUAUGAGCGCCGCAGCCGCCAGACACGCGAAAGGGAAGAGCGAGGUGCCACGACAAACCAGAGAGAGGCAUGUGAGAGACGGGACUGUCAAACACGCGAGCCCGAAGACGAUGGAAGGAGACAACGUGAGUCAGUGAGGUACGAAAGGACACGAGAGACUGCGGUGGCGGCAGCAGAAGCAGACGUGAAGAUCCACCGUGAGUCCCGGGAACUGGAGCCACGUGAGGACGUGGAAAGGAGGGACCGUCGCCAUGAGUGUGAAGAACCAGAGGAUGAGAGGAGGGUUUGCCGGGGAAGAGAGAGGGAAGAGCCCGUGCGGGAGAGGAGGAUCGAUCGCCAGCGGGAGCUGGAGCUGGAGGCCUAUGAGCGCCGCAGCCGCCAGACACGCGAAAGGGAAGAGCGAGGUGCCACGACAAACCAGAGAGAGGCAUGUGAGAGACGGGACUGUCAAACACGCGAGCCCGAAGACGAUGGAAGGAGACAACGUGAGUCAGUGAGGUACGAAAGGACACGAGAGACUGCGGUGGCGGCAGCAGAAGCAGACGUGAAGAUCCACCGUGAGUCCCGGGAACUGGAGCCACGUGAGGACGUGGAAAGGAGGGACCGUCGCCAUGAGUGUGAAGAACCAGAGGAUGAGAGGAGGGUUUGCCGGGGAAGAGAGAGGGAAGAGCCCGUGCGGGAGAGGAGGAUCGAUCGCCAGCGGGAGCUGGAGCUGGAGGCCUAUGAGCGCCGCAGCCGCCAGACACGCGAAAGGGAAGAGCGAGGUGCCACGACAAACCAGAGAGAGGCAUGUGAGAGACGGGACUGUCAAACACGCGAGCCCGAAGACGAUGGAAGGAGACAACGUGAGUCAGUGAGGUACGAAAGGACACGAGAGACUGCGGUGGCGGCAGCAGAAGCAGACGUGAAGAUCCACCGUGAGUCCCGGGAACUGGAGCCACGUGAGGACGUGGAAAGGAGGGACCGUCGCCAUGAGUGUGAAGAACCAGAGGAUGAGAGGAGGGUUUGCCGGGGAAGAGAGAGGGAAGAGCCCGUGCGGGAGAGGAGGAUCGAUCGCCAGCGGGAGCUGGAGCUGGAGGCCUAUGAGCGCCGCAGCCGCCAGACACGCGAAAGGGAAGAGCGAGGUGCCACGACAAACCAGAGAGAGGCAUGUGAGAGACGGGACUGUCAAACACGCGAGCCCGAAGACGAUGGAAGGAGACAACGUGAGUCAGUGAGGUACGAAAGGACACGAGAGACUGCGGUGGCGGCAGCAGAAGCAGACGUGAAGAUCCACCGUGAGUCCCGGGAACUGGAGCCACGUGAGGACGUGGAAAGGAGGGACCGUCGCCAUGAGUGUGAAGAACCAGAGGAUGAGAGGAGGGUUUGCCGGGGAAGAGAGAGGGAAGAGCCCGUGCGGGAGAGGAGGAUCGAUCGCCAGCGGGAGCUGGAGCUGGAGGCCUAUGAGCGCCGCAGCCGCCAGACACGCGAAAGGGAAGAGCGAGGUGCCACGACAAACCAGAGAGAGGCAUGUGAGAGACGGGACUGUCAAACACGCGAGCCCGAAGACGAUGGAAGGAGACAACGUGAGUCAGUGAGGUACGAAAGGACACGAGAGACUGCGGUGGCGGCAGCAGAAGCAGACGUGAAGAUCCACCGUGAGUCCCGGGAACUGGAGCCACGUGAGGACGUGGAAAGGAGGGACCGUCGCCAUGAGUGUGAAGAACCAGAGGAUGAGAGGAGGGUUUGCCGGGGAAGAGAGAGGGAAGAGCCCGUGCGGGAGAGGAGGAUCGAUCGCCAGCGGGAGCUGGAGCUGGAGGCCUAUGAGCGCCGCAGCCGCCAGACACGCGAAAGGGAAGAGCGAGGUGCCACGACAAACCAGAGAGAGGCAUGUGAGAGACGGGACUGUCAAACACGCGAGCCCGAAGACGAUGGAAGGAGACAACGUGAGUCAGUGAGGUACGAAAGGACACGAGAGACUGCGGUGGCGGCAGCAGAAGCAGACGUGAAGAUCCACCGUGAGUCCCGGGAACUGGAGCCACGUGAGGACGUGGAAAGGAGGGACCGUCGCCAUGAGUGUGAAGAACCAGAGGAUGAGAGGAGGGUUUGCCGGGGAAGAGAGAGGGAAGAGCCCGUGCGGGAGAGGAGGAUCGAUCGCCAGCGGGAGCUGGAGCUGGAGGCCUAUGAGCGCCGCAGCCGCCAGACACGCGAAAGGGAAGAGCGAGGUGCCACGACAAACCAGAGAGAGGCAUGUGAGAGACGGGACUGUCAAACACGCGAGCCCGAAGACGAUGGAAGGAGACAACGUGAGUCAGUGAGGUACGAAAGGACACGAGAGACUGCGGUGGCGGCAGCAGAAGCAGACGUGAAGAUCCACCGUGAGUCCCGGGAACUGGAGCCACGUGAGGACGUGGAAAGGAGGGACCGUCGCCAUGAGUGUGAAGAACCAGAGGAUGAGAGGAGGGUUUGCCGGGGAAGAGAGAGGGAAGAGCCCGUGCGGGAGAGGAGGAUCGAUCGCCAGCGGGAGCUGGAGCUGGAGGCCUAUGAGCGCCGCAGCCGCCAGACACGCGAAAGGGAAGAGCGAGGUGCCACGACAAACCAGAGAGAGGCAUGUGAGAGACGGGACUGUCAAACACGCGAGCCCGAAGACGAUGGAAGGAGACAACGUGAGUCAGUGAGGUACGAAAGGACACGAGAGACUGCGGUGGCGGCAGCAGAAGCAGACGUGAAGAUCCACCGUGAGUCCCGGGAACUGGAGCCACGUGAGGACGUGGAAAGGAGGGACCGUCGCCAUGAGUGUGAAGAACCAGAGGAUGAGAGGAGGGUUUGCCGGGGAAGAGAGAGGGAAGAGCCCGUGCGGGAGAGGAGGAUCGAUCGCCAGCGGGAGCUGGAGCUGGAGGCCUAUGAGCGCCGCAGCCGCCAGACACGCGAAAGGGAAGAGCGAGGUGCCACGACAAACCAGAGAGAGGCAUGUGAGAGACGGGACUGUCAAACACGCGAGCCCGAAGACGAUGGAAGGAGACAACGUGAGUCAGUGAGGUACGAAAGGACACGAGAGACUGCGGUGGCGGCAGCAGAAGCAGACGUGAAGAUCCACCGUGAGUCCCGGGAACUGGAGCCACGUGAGGACGUGGAAAGGAGGGACCGUCGCCAUGAGUGUGAAGAACCAGAGGAUGAGAGGAGGGUUUGCCGGGGAAGAGAGAGGGAAGAGCCCGUGCGGGAGAGGAGGAUCGAUCGCCAGUGGGAGCUGGAGCUGGAGGCCUAUGAGCACCGCAGCCACCAGACACGCGAAAGGGAAGAGCGAGGUGAGACAGCCAACCAGAGGGAGACACGCGAGGGAAGCAGCCUCCAGAUACUUGAAGAAGAACAGGAGAGAGAGUUUCUGUGCCACCGUCAGGGAAAUGAUUUACGGCGUAAGCUGUGUGAAAGCACCCCCUGCGAGCCCUCGGAAGACCAAGAAUGGAGGAACCACAGGCUUUUACAUGAGGAAGAAGCACGUGAGCCAGACAGCUGCUGGACACAUGAGGAUGAAGGACGAAGGCACGAAAGGUGCCUCUACCAAACCGUGGAUGUGGAUAACAGAGACCUCUGCCCCUCAGGAGAGGAGUCAUCUGUCAGCAACAUGAGGGUCCGUUACAUCCCCGCUGAGCCUGAUGUACGGCCAGAGGUGCAGGUCAUCCCUCAGUCCUGCGAGCCUCAGACCAUUGCGUACUUGAUCCACGUGAUCCAGAAUUUGAAUGAUCCUGAAGGUACCAACUACAAGAUCGUCUGCCACCAGCCCCAUGACCUGGGGCAGCCCAUCUACGUGAAGAAGUGCUCUGUCUCACCCCAGCCACCAGCAGUCCCGUGUGACAGAAGGAACCACUCAGAGCCACGACCCCAAAGGGAUGAGCGAGAAACAGGGGAGUCCGAACUGCCGCGGCAAGGGGGCACACCAGCUUCUAGCUCCCAGGAAAACACAGGGGAUCUCAACGAGCCACAGGAGAGGUCUGAAACAGGGGUGAAGGAAAGGCCUCACCAGGCUUCUGCCUCCAAGCCGGAUGGUGUUAAGGGUGACCCUUGCCGGGCAAAGCCCAAGGAGGACAGGAGGGACAGCCAGCACCUCAAGAUGCCUCACGCAGAAAAGAAGGACCAUCAGUCCCGGGGAGAUGGAUCAAAAGCUGCCAAGGAGCAGGUCCCAUGGGAGCCCGAAUCCAGCUGCCCGGUGAGGGCGUGUGAGGACAGGGAGGCCAAGAGCUGCCCACCUCUGCCCCAGGCUCCGGAGCCACGGGAAGCUUGCGAGCCAGGCCAGCGAGCUGCCAAAGAGAGCCAUCCCCAGCUGCCCCAGAGAGAUGAGGCCAGCAACUGCCGUGAGGGUGCAGAGCUUCCCCUGCCGGAGAAGAGCCGCCAGCCACGGCAGGAGGAGAAGAGGAACCUCCAGCAAGUGAGCGACGCCCAGCCUCAACGGGAGGAGGAACCACGUCUUUGCACCAAGCAGAGCCAGGGUCCCCCCAGCCCCCGGGUCUCACAGAAGGCACCGAGCUGUCCUGCCGGGGACGAAGCCAAAGCACCUUAA